GGGAGGCGCCGUCGGUGCUCGGAGUAGGCAGCCGGAGCCGCGGCGGCGCUCCUGAGGAAGCAGCGCCGGGACUCGCCGUGGCCGAGGACGGGGACAGCGACCGCGGCGGCCAGGCCCGGCCUUGGGCCCCGCGCGCCAUGGAGAUAGAGAAGGAGUUCCACCGGCUCGACCAGGCCGACAGCUGGGCCGCCAUCUACCAGGACAUAAGACAUAAAGCCGGUGACUUUCCUUGUAAAGUGGCCAAACUUCCCAAAAACAAAAAUCGCAACAGGUACAGAGAUGUCAGCCCUUUUGACCACAGUCGAAUUAAGCUGCAGCAAGAUGAUAAUGAUUAUAUCAAUGCUAGUUUGAUAAAAAUGGAAGAGGCACACAGGAGCUACAUCCUUACACAGGGUCCUCUGCCAAAUACUUGUGGUCACUUUUGGGAGAUGGUUUGGGAACAGAAAAGCCGUGGUGUUGUCAUGCUCAACAGAGUGAUGGAAAAGGGAUCAAUAAAAUGUGCGCAGUACUGGCCACAAAAAGAAGAGAAAGAAAUGCUAUUUGAAGAUACCGACUUGAAGCUCAUUUUGAUAUCGGAAGAUAUAAAAUCCUACUAUACAGUACGACAGUUGGAAUUGGAAAACCUGACAACACAUGAAACCAGAGAGAUUCUGCACUUUCACUAUACAACGUGGCCUGACUUUGGAGUCCCUGAAUCUCCAGCUUCGUUCCUCAACUUCCUGUUCAAAGUGAGAGAGUCGGGGUCACUGAGCCCCGAACAUGGACCUGUCGUAGUGCACUGCAGUGCAGGAAUUGGGAGAUCAGGAACUUUCUGUUUGGUGGAUACUUGCCUCCUCCUGAUGGACAAAAGGAAAGACCCUUCUUCUGUCGACAUUAAGCAGGUUCUUUUAGAAAUGAGAAAAUACAGAAUGGGGCUCAUACAGACUGCAGACCAACUUCGUUUCUCUUACUUGGCUGUUAUAGAGGGAGCAAAAUUUAUUAUGGGAGACUCUUCCGUGCAGGAGCAAUGGAAAGAGCUUUCUAAUGAAGACUUGGAACCACCACCAGACCAUACUCCUCCGCCCCCAAGACCACCCAAACGAACCUCAGAAAUGAAUAAUGGAAGGGUGCAUGAACCCGUAUUUCCAAAGCAUCGGGUGACUGAAGAGACAAUCAAGUGUGCCGUCGCUGCAGUUCAGGAGAAGGUGCUUGAUGGGGAGCAGCCAGAUGCAGAGAGCACUAGUCAAGACACUGAGCUUAGGAAGAGAACUGUUGACGCUUCACCACAUAGCGAAGAGCUGGUGAAGCUGGAAGAAGAGGACGACGAGAACACGAUGACCACUUGGAAGCCGUUUCUGGUCAACAUCUGCAUGUUCACUGUCCUCACAGCAGGAGCAUACCUCUGUUACAGGGCAUGUUUUCAUUGAUGGACACACCAGCAUCGGUACCAGAAAUGCCGGCAACAAAACUGGCAUUUGAUCUGUUUCUGUAAAAAAGGAAAGCUAAAGGGGGCUUCCGAGCCUUGUCCCAGGGGAAGUGUAUCUUAAGUUGGAGAAGCUGGAACUUUGGUUAGGGCUUAAAGAGAAAAUUGAUGCACUAGGGUUUAAUUUUUAGCCCUGUGGUCCCAAGAACAUAAUAUUCUAAUCUCAGGGCCUUAAGAUAUUCAGGAGUAAGCAGAGAAUAUGCCAAAUAAGUCUUGUGUUUUUAUUAUUUUUCCUUACUUUUAACGGAAUAAGAGUUUACAACACAUUGUUGUUCUUUUUUCUUUUUUUUUUUAGUAUUUCUAAAGCCAGUUUUUAUUUUAUUUUUUUUUAAAGAACUUUUAGGCACAAGUGAAAAUUUGCUUGUAUUCUCCAAGUGUUUGUAACCAAAUACAUGAUUUAGGUUCUUUUAAAACACCACUACUCAUGCAAACACCCAAGAAUGUAUGAAACUUUGAAAAGGGAGAGCUCUUUCCUUUAUGCCUUUAAGAGACUGGGGGCUCGGUCUGUGAAGAACCACUUCUGCGUGACUUCUAUUAGUUAAAUUGGCUGCUGCUCCAGUUGAAUGGAUAGAGAUUGUAUAGUAGUGCCUCUUGGUGGAUUUCACCCCUGCAUUUUUUGUUUUUGGCACUGCGAGUAGUAACAAAUCUGUUUGAUUUGAUGGUUUAUCUGUUCUGAAAUAGAUUCUUGCUUUCCAUACAUGUCUAUUAUUAUAAUGGGCAUUGGCAGUUGUUCAGGGCACCUCAGAGGUCAAAGGCUAUUUCUCUCCCCUCCUCCUGCCUCCUUUUUGGAAGCAAUUAACUAUAUUUCCUCCCCUCCACUGCCCCAUGCUAUUUUUUUUUGAUGCACUCAACUACAUACACACCUACUGUAUUGUAGCAUCAACUUUCAUUAAAAGCGGGGGGGGGGAUCUGUCUGAGGAAGGAAAUUUAGUGUUUAGCAGUUGUUUCAGAUAAUUAUUUUCAAAAGAACUGGGUUAAAGGUUUCUUCCCCCAGAAUGUAAAAUGCAGUAUCGUGCUGUAUUUGCCCUAUAAAGAAUCUUUUGUGUUCAAGCUAAAAAUGAAAGGAGGAUUUUUGUUCAAAAGACAAUGAAAAUCCUCCUUUGUUCCUCCUGGUCAGAGAGAUCUAUUGCUAUUUGGAAGUAUUCCAACUCAGAAGAGAUUUGUGGUCCUAGCUGUAGGUUGUUUCAGUGGAGGAAGAUCUGAGGCUUUUUUGUUAUUGGCAGCUGAGGUUAACUUGCCAUAGCUAAGAAGGCAGCAGAAAUUUAAAUCCUUGCAGUCGGUGUUUUAUAUUUUAUUUUGCCAGAUAUGACGUUAUAGAAACACACUACCAAAAAACCCAGUGAAAGAUGAA